UAUUUUAACAGUAUAAAUACGAAAACUAGGGUUUUAGUUUUGCAGCAGCAAGCAUUUUGCAGAAGCCGAAUCAGUGAGAGAAGCUUGCAACGCAGAUAUGGCUCCUAAACGAGGUGGAAAAGCGCCAGUUCCAGCUUCGAAGAAGAAGCCUGAGAAGGUUACGAACCCGUUGUUCGAGAAGCGUCCUAAGCAGUUCGGGAUCGGAGGAGCAUUGCCACCAAAGAGGGAUUUGACUCGUUUCGUGAAGUGGCCUAAGACCGUACAAAUCCAGAGGAAGAAGAGGAUCCUCAAGCAGAGGUUGAAGGUUCCACCAGCUUUGAACCAGUUCACCAAGACCCUUGACAAGAACCUUGCAACCAGCCUUUUCAAGAUACUUCUGAAGUACAGGCCAGAGGAUAAAGCUGAAAAGAAGGAGCGACUUUUGAAAAGGGCCCAGGCCGAGACUGAGGGCAAAACCGUUGAAGCUAAAAAGCCUAUUGUUGUGAAGUAUGGUCUCAAUCACGUUACCUACCUUAUUGAGCAGAACAAAGCUCAGUUGGUUGUGAUUGCUCAUGAUGUGGACCCAAUUGAAUUGGUUGUCUGGCUUCCCGCAUUGUGUAGGAAGAUGGAAAUUCCAUACUGCAUUGUCAAGGGCAAGGCUCGCCUUGGAUCGAUUGUACACAAGAAAACGGCAUCUGUUUUGUGCUUGACCAGUGUCAAGAACGAAGACAAAUUAGAACUGACUGUGUCUUAUGUAUUGGUUUGUUUCCAGGCUAACUUCAAUGACAAGUAUGAUGAGUACAGAAAGAAAUGGGGUGGCGGUAUCAUGGGUUCUAAAUCCCAAGCCAAAACUAAGGCAAAGGAGAGGCUUCUUGCUAAGGAGGCUGCUCAGAGGAUGUCUUAAGAGUAUUCUUAUAUUUUGUUGCUUUAGAGUUGCUAUUUUUGUGUUUUAAUCUACCUUUGAUCUUUUAAUUAAAUCUAAGGAUAUUUUUGGGAGACUACUCUUUGUAUUGUCACAAUAUAUACGUUUGGUUUUCAAAUGAGCUGAGCAUUUCAUUGUUUA